AUGCCGGCGGCGGCGGGGGACGGGCUCCUGGGUGAACCCGCGGCGCCCGGGAGCGGCGGCGGCGCGGAGGACGCGGCCAGGCCGGCGGCGGCCUGCGAGGGAAGUUUCCUGCCGGCCUGGGUGAGCGGCGUGCCCCGCGAGCGGCUCCGUGACUUCCAGCACCACAAACGCGUGGGCAACUACCUCAUCGGCAGCAGGAAGCUGGGCGAGGGCUCCUUCGCCAAGGUGCGCGAGGGGCUGCACGUGCUGACCGGAGAGAAGGUGGCCAUCAAAGUCAUCGACAAAAAGCGAGCCAAAAAGGACACGUAUGUCACCAAAAACCUGAGGCGGGAGGGACAGAUUCAGCAGAUGAUCCGCCACCCGAACGUCACCCAGCUCCUGGAUAUUUUGGAGACGGAGAACAGCUACUACCUGGUCAUGGAGCUGUGCCCCGGGGGUAACCUCAUGCACAAGAUCUAUGAGAAGAAGCGGCUGGACGAGGCUGAGGCCCGCAGGUACAUCCGGCAGCUCAUCUCCGCCGUGGAGCACCUGCACCGGGCCGGGGUGGUCCACAGAGACUUGAAGAUAGAAAAUUUGCUACUGGAUGAAGACAAUAAUAUCAAGCUGAUUGACUUUGGUUUGAGCAACUGUGCUGGGAUCCUGGGCUACUCAGACCCGUUCAGCACACAGUGUGGCAGCCCCGCCUAUGCUGCACCCGAACUGCUGGCCAGGAAGAAGUAUGGCCCCAAAAUCGAUGUCUGGUCCAUAGGUGUGAACAUGUAUGCUAUGUUGACUGGGACGCUGCCUUUCACAGUGGAGCCUUUCAGCCUGAGGGCUUUGUACCAGAAGAUGGUGGACAAAGAAAUGAACCCUCUCCCCACCCAGCUCUCCACAGGGGCCAUCAACUUCCUGCGCUCCCUCCUGGAACCAGAUCCUGUGAAGAGGCCAAAUAUUCAGCAAGCACUGGCGAAUCGCUGGCUGAAUGAGAAUUACACAGGCAAAGUGCCCUGUAAUGUCACCUAUCCCAACAGGAUUUCUCUGGAAGACCUGAGCCCAAGUGUGGUGCUGCACAUGACUGAGAAGCUGGGCUACAAAAACAGUGAUGUGAUCAACACCGUGCUGUCCAACCGCGCCUGCCACAUCCUCGCCAUCUACUUCCUCUUAAACAAGAAACUCGAGCGCUACUUGUCAGGAAAAACCGACAUCCAGGACAGCGUCUGCUACAAGACCCAGCUGUACCAGAUAGAGAAAUGCAGGGCCACCAAGGAGUCCUAUGAGGCCUCCCUGGACACCUGGACAAGAGACUUUGAACUCCAUGCUGCUGUACAGGAUAAAAAGCCCAAAGAACAAGAAAAAAGAGGGGAUUUUCUUCAUCGACCAUUUUCCAAGAAGUUGGACAAGAACCUGCCCUCACACAAACAGCCCUCGGUCUCACUCAUCACGCAGAUUCAGAACACAAAAGCUCUUCUGAAGGACCGGAAGGCGUCCAAGUCCAGCUUCCCAGACAAAGAUUCCUUCGGCUGCCGCAAUAUUUUCCGCAAAACUUCUGAUUCCAAUUGUGUGGCUUCUUCUUCCAUGGAGUUCAUCUCUGUCCCACCUCCCAGGACCCCCAGGAUUAUAAAGAAACCAGAACCCCAUCAGCAAGUGUCUGGGAGCAUCGGCGUCCUCCCCAAGGAAGACCCUCUGAUACUGGACAUGGUGCGCUCCUUUGAGUCUGUGGAUCGCGAUGACCACGUAGAACUCCUGUCCCCGUCCCCUGUCCACUAUAGGAUUCUGAACUCCCCCGUGAGCUUGGCUCGCAGGAAUUCUAGUGAGAGGACGCUGUCUGCAGGUCUGCUGUCUGGAAGCCUGUCACCUCUCCAAACUCCUUUGCAUUCCACUCUGCUCUCCUUGGCUCAUGAAGACAAGAACAGCCCCGCAAAAGAGGAGGGUGUGUGUUCCCCACCUCCGGUUCCUAGCAGUGGCCCAACACAGCCUCUGGGGAGCCCCAAUUGUGUGAAGAGCCGGGGCAGGUUCCCCAUGAUGGGCAUUGGGCAGAUGCUAAGGAAGCGUCAGAGCCUGCAACCCACUGCAGAGAGGCCCCUGGAGGCCAGCUUGCCACCAUUGCAGCCCACGGCCCCCAGCAGCCUUUCCUUUGACAUUGCUGAUGGGGUCAAGGGUCAAUGUUAA